AUGGCGCCGGCGUCGAGGGUCCCGGGGACAGCUUUCACCAGCUCGUUCCUGCCCGCAGCCCUGCCCGGCGCCGCUGCCUUCUCCCGGGGAGUGCGCCCGGCGCCCGCCUUCCCCGCGCCCGGCAGAGCCGCGACCCCCAAGUCGGUGUGUGAAGGGUGUCAGCGAGUGAUUUCGGACCGGUUCUUGCUGCGCCUGAACGACAGCCUGUGGCACGAGCAGUGCGUCCAGUGCGCGUCCUGCAAGGAGCCCCUGCAGACCACCUGCUUCUACCGCGACAAGAAGCUCUACUGCAAGCUGGACUACGAGAAGCUGUUUGCAGUGAAGUGUGCCGGGUGCCUGGAGGCCAUCGCGCCCAGCGAGCUGGUGAUGCGCGCCCAGAAGAGCGUCUACCACCUGCGCUGCUUCUGCUGCUGCGUCUGCGAGCGGCGCCUGCAGAAGGGCGACGAGUUUGUGCUGAAGGAGGGGCAGCUGCUCUGUAAGGGCGACUACGAGAAGGAGCGGGAGCUGCUGAGCUUGGUGAGCCCGGCUCUGUCGGAUUCUGGCAAAAGUGACGAUGAGGACAGCAUCUGCAAACUGGGCCAAGCCUCGGGGAAGGGCGCUGAGGAUGGGAAGGAUCACAAACGGCCCAAGCGGCCCCGGACAAUCCUGACCACGCAGCAGCGGAGGGCGUUCAAGGCGUCCUUUGAGGUCUCCUCCAAGCCCUGCAGGAAGGUGCGGGAGACGCUGGCAGCAGAGACAGGGCUGAGCGUCCGGGUGGUGCAGGUCUGGUUCCAGAACCAGCGAGCAAAGAUGAAGAAGCUCGCCAGGAGGCAGCAGCAGCAGCAGCAGGAUCAGCAAAACACACAGCGCCUGAGCUCAGGCCAGACAAACGGCGGCGGCAGCACAGGGCUGGAGGGGAUGCUGAACCCUUACACCACUCUGCCCCCGCCCCAGCAGCUGCUGGGCAUGGAGCAAAGCGUCUAUGGCUCCGACCCUUUCCGGCAAGGGCUCACCCCACCUCAAAUGCCUGGAGACCACAUGCAUCCCUACGGUGCCGAGCCACUCUUCCACGACUUGGAUAGCGAUGAUACCUCACUGAGCAACCUGGGUGACUGCUUCCUCGCCACGGCGGACGCGGGGCCACUCCAGGCACGAGUGGGAAACCCCAUCGACCACCUCUACUCCAUGCAGAACUCCUACUUCACUUCCUGAGUGCAGCGUGGUCCCUGGCACGGGGCAGUUGC